AUGGCAAUAAAUCUGGAUAUACACAAGCUAGUGGUGUUAGGAGAUUCCGAAUUACUCAUUCGACAAAUUCAAGGUGAAUGGGAAACGAGAGAUAUCAAGCUCAUUCCAUACAGACAGUUCUUAGAGGACCUUAGCAAAAGGUUCAAGUCUAUCGAGUUUAGAUAUAUUCCCAGAUCCCAUAAUGAGCAGGCUGAUGCCCUGGCUACCCUAGCUUCCAUGCUCCCAUACCCAGGAAAUACGCAUCUCGACCCAUUAGACAUACAGAUACGAGAGCAACAUGGUUAUUGCAAUAUAAUUGAUGCAGAACCAGAUAAUGAACCUUGGGACUAUGAUAUCAAAGGCUUCCUAAAGUCAAAAGAAUAUCCAAUACACGCCAAUGCAGAUCAAAAAAAGACUAUUAGGAGACUCGCUAACUGUUUCUUCUUAAGUGGGGAGAUUCU